CCGAUAAGCGUUUUAGCGGGUAGGCCUGCUCACAACCACGGUUCACAACACACAAAUCAUGUGGAAGUUAAAUGUAGCGGUUGCGUCGAUAAUGCUUGUAUUAUUGGCAUAUGGUUUCAUCAUUAAUUUCAAAGACUAUCAGCGUAUAAGAGAGACCAAUGUCAGGUUUAAGUUCAACAAACAAAAGGAUAACUUAAGCCAGAUUGUGAACGAAGAUGGGGAACAAAUGAUAACGCCCUUAAAAGGAAUUAGCCAUGCCGUUACUAGCAUCGGGUGGUGCACGGAAAAGUCGCAAGCAGUCACUGUUAUUCAGUCAUUUCCCAAAAGCAGGUGGGUCGGAAAUAAAGCAUAUAUUGUCUACAGUAGUUGGAGAGAGUAUAAAUAUUGACCAAAACAGGGGAAUGUACAAAAAUAACAGUACAAUUCUUGAGGAUAACUACUUUCUUCAAACAGAAUUUGUACCACUGGAGCCAUAUCAAAAAUCAAAUUUUUUCGUCAUUGGGCAUGUACGUUCACCGUGUAAUUAUCUACUGUCAUUAUGGGCAUUCGGCUCGGACGGAAAAGGCGCUUUUUACCAUUUGACAAAGGAUAAAAGUGUGUAUGGGAAUACGCCUCCGUAUAAUAACAAAGAUGACCUAAAGAGAUUCACCAUGUGGCUACAAGACUAUAAAGAGACAUAUACAUAUAGACUUGUUCACAAGUAUUUCAAAAAUAGCAUAUGGAAAACAGACCCAACUUUGAGCAAUGCGGACUGCUGGGUUCACUCCGAAAUGUUAAUUUACGACUUGGUGAAUUGCUUAAAACGAUAUGAAAAACAGGGGGGAAAAGUAAAAUGGGAGAAAUUUCAUAAGAUAGAGGUGAACGAGAAUCCUAGUACACAUUCCAAAUGUGAGGAUUAUUUCGGCGAUGGCAGAAAAGCAUUGGUGAUGAAUUCCAAUGGAAAUAUGACAAAAUUAUUUGGAUACGAGACCUGUUGUACGGAAAACAAUAAAACGUUACCAGCAGAAUUUAAAAAGUUCUGGAUCAAUUAAACUACAUUGCACUAGCUUAUCAUGUUAAGGUAACGGUGCAUGAUGGGAAAUUUUCUACAUCCCUCAAUUGAGUCACAUGUUAUUUUUCAAACAAGAAUCACUCCUUCCCCACAUUGUUUAUAUCUUCCAGUUUUGCACAAAGAGUGCACUUAUGUGCCUAGAAAAGACUUGUGAGAAGAAUGUUUUGAUAAAGUGUAUAAAAAACAAGAAAAUUCAGUGAAAAAUUUCAGAAAAUUUUCAGAAAUUUUUUCCACUGAAUUUUCUCGUUUUUUGUAAAUUUUAGAAAACAAAUCUUCUCACAGGUCUUCUCUAGGCACAUAAGUGCACUUUUUGUGCAAACCUCGAAGAUGUAGACAAUAUGGGGAAGGAGUGAUUCUUGUUUGAAAAAUAACAUGUGACUCAAUUGAGGGAUGCAGAAAAUUUCCCAUCAUGCACCCUGACCUUAAUGAAGAAAGGCUUGGUCAUUUAAAUGAGAAUUUAUGACGAU